AAACACAAAUUAACUAUACAAAUGGUUCAACACCAAUUUAGAAAACUCAAGAAAAUUGAAGCAAAUCACAAAUUAUCCAUAAAUAACAUGAUUAAUUGAAAGCUUCUUCCUUCCAAUUAAGUUUCAUCACUCUCCACUCGAUAAUAUCAAAUUUAUUCUACAUAAUUAGAAAAAAAAAUAGACAUGUCUCCACAAUCAUAAAUAAGAUUAGUUGUUUAAAAUAUUAAAUAUAUCGAGAAAAUUAAUUAUAUGGGUGUGAGCGGUACCCAUGGGCAGGGUUUAUCUAAAUCCAAACGCAACCCAACCCGGUGAAUAGUAAAAUGAGUUUAAACCCAAACCCGGCCCAAAACCCGUCAACAUGGAUUUUACCCGCAUUGACCGGGUUGGGUCGGGUGGGUACCCAUGGGUUCGGGUUUUGUUGCCAUCCCUACUCACACCCUAGUGAUCUUUGUUUAUUUGAUGUUUAUGAAUUAUGAUGAUCUUGUAAUGCUUGUGUUUGAUAUCUUGCUAGUUGGUACUCGCUAAUUGAAUAAAUAAGUUUGAUUAUGUUUUACUUUAUGCAUUGGAAUUUCGAUUUGAAUUAUGAAAUCACGAUAAAUAUGGUAUUGUAUUGAUAUUAUUUCUUCUAAUUAUUAUUUUAUGUUUACAAUGUAGAUAUAUAGUUUAUUUUGAAUUAUUUGUAUGAUUAUUUGUCUUUAAAAUUAAGAACUAUGUAUUAUUGGCAGUGGCGGAUCCAGAAAUUUUACAUAGGGGUGUUCUCUCCUAACAUUUAAUUAAUAUUUAAAUAAAUAUUAAAUAAGAAAAUAUAUUACUUGUACAAAACACAACAAAGCACAUGACGUGUUCGUAUUCUGAAAAAAUUAUAAAAUACAAUCGGUGUCUAACAAUGCUUUACAAAUCAGUCUCGAUAUAUUCUACUAGACAAGGGGAGCCCGUAAUUGGAUUUAAUAGUUAGACUUUGAAAAUAAUUGGGGGAAAGGAAUAGCUUUUACUAGUAUAUUUGGAUUUAAAGUACAAGAACAAAUAAGUUGUGAUCUAAUUAAAAAUAUGUAUAGUUUUCUAAUAAUAGCAGCGACCCAAGUUCAAAUAACAUAAGCUACCAUUUAAACGCUUUUAUUUUUACACAUACGCAAACUACUACUCGGAGUUGGAUAAUCAUUUUCCAAAUUUUAAGAGUGUCCUGCUCUAUCACUUAAAUAUUUUUCACCUAUAUGCGAACUACUACCGGGGGUUGAAUAAUUGUGUUCCAAAUUUUAGGGGUGUCCCGGGACACUCCCAAGGUGUCAUGUAUCCGUCACUGACUAUUUGUCAUUGGUAUGCUUGGGAUUAAAAUUGAUGUUAAAUAAUACUUGUUAAACUUAAUUGGAUGAUGAUUUGUUUAUGAUAAGUGGUUAUUGCUUCGGUUUAUUAUAUUUCAUGAAAGAAAAUCGAAACUAUUGGUUUGAUAUUUGGUUCGAUUAGGUAUAACUAUACUUGUUGGAAUCAUGGAAUGUAUUUUAGUGGUUAUUGGUUAACCACAAAAAUUAAGGGUAACCAAAUCGAUAAAAAACAGUUAACCGAUAGACUUAUCGAUUCAGUUAUCAAUAUGCAUUUUUUGAUUAUUGGUUAAUCGCUAAUCGCCAUACCGAUUAGUGGUUAAUCGAAACCAAACCAAUUAGCACCCUAGUCUAAACAAUGAAUUUUUGUCCGUUUAUAAAAAAGUUGGUAAGAAAGAAAGGAACGCAGAGCGAGGCCACCUACCCCAAUCGUAGACUAGGAUAAAACAAAGGGGAAAAUGGCAUUGUAAUUUCCUCGGCUCAGUCCAAUAUGGCAGAUAAAUCAAAGCCCAGACAAAAAAUAAUAUGACACGAGGCUGCUUUCGCUGUUUCAGACAGAGACAGAGUCAAGUGCCUGAUAAAAGUAAAAAGAAGAAAGAGGAAUUGAGGAUGAAGAUGGCUGUAGAGUUGAUCUAAGCCGAGGUGUUUGCAAGCAAGGAGAGCAAGAGAAAGUGACUGCCCUGCUGAUUCGGCUAUUAGCUUACCACUACUCUCCGUCCGCCGGUCCAAUCCAGUCCAGUAAGUUGCUAACUCAACCAAAGGAAGUGGGACGGUCGACUUUCAAAGUCAAGGAGAGUGAAGAGUGGAGGAGAGGGGAGUGUCGAUUGUUGACACGUAACCCAAAAUCUCGCCUUUCGGGGGGUUUUUAUUUCCCUUCUUUGAUUCAAUUAUAAAGGAUGAGAGUUGCAGUCGCAGUGGGAGUGUCAACACCACCGGCCGCAACCAUGAGGUCCUCCUGUACCAGAAGAAUCGUGGCGGUUUCUUACCGCUUCGUCUCAAUGCACAUGGCUGCGGCUCCUCUAUCUCGCACUCUGAGUACGGAGAGUGUUGCCGCCCGCCUCACCAGCGCCGGCCUCCUGCGCACCAAGGGCCUCAUCGGAGCCAAUUGGACUGAUGCUCGUGAUGGUAAAACCAUGCCUGUUCACAAUCCGUCGACCGGUGAAGUGAUCGCGUAUGUUCCAUUCAUGGGAAGCAAAGACACCGAAGAUGCUAUCUCUUCUGCCUACGAUGCCUUCCCCGCUUGGAGCAAGCUCACUGCCACCGAAAGGAGCCAACUUUUGCGCAAAUGGUACGACCUACUCAUGGCCAACAAAGAAGAGAUUGGGCAACUAAUUACCUUGGAGCAAGGCAAGCCUCUCAAAGAAGCCAUUGGCGAGGUCAAUUACGGAGCCAGUUUCAUCGAGUACUUUGCCGAGGAAGCUAAACGUAUAUACGGAGACAUUAUCCCACCAACACUUAAUGAUCGUCGCAUUCUAGUCCUUAAGCAGCCUGUUGGUGUUAUUGCAGCAAUUACUCCUUGGAACUUCCCUUUGGCUAUGAUUACUAGGAAGGUUGGUCCUGCUCUUGCUUGUGGCUGCACAGCAGUGAUUAAGCCUUCUGAACUUACACCUUUCACAGCCUUAGCAGCAGUUGAGCUGGCUCUUCAAGCUGGAAUUCCCCCGGGCGUUCUCAAUGUUGUUAUGGGAGAUGCUCCUGCUAUUGGAGAUGCGCUGAUGGCCAACACUCGGGUUAGAAAGAUCACGUUCACUGGGUCAACAGCUGUGGGAAAGAAGUUGAUGGCAGGUGCUGCUGGGACUGUCAAGAAGGUCUCUUUGGAACUUGGUGGCAAUGCGCCCUGUAUAAUAUUUGAUGAUGCAGACCUGGAUGUUGCUGUUAAAGGAACUCUUGGAUCAAAGUUCCGCAACAGUGGGCAAACGUGUGUUUGUGCGAAUAGAAUACUUGUACAAGAUGGCAUCUAUGACAAAUUUGCUGCUGCUUUCUCCAAAGCCGUUCAGAUUUUGCAAGUUGGUGAUGGCUUUAGUGAAGGUGCAUCCCAGGGUCCACUGAUUAAUGAUGCUGCAAUAGAAAAGGUUGAAUCAUUUGUAGAAGAUGCCGUUUCAAAGGGAGCAGACGUUCUUCUUGGUGGCAAAAGACAUAGCCUUGGGAGGACAUUUUAUGAACCAACUGUACUGGGAAAUAUCAGUAGUGACAUGAUUGUCUCAAGAGAGGAGGUAUUUGGACCAGUGGCCCCGCUGAUGCGGUUCAAAACAGAGGAGGAAGCUAUUAGCAUUGCUAAUGACACCAAUGCAGGAUUGGCUGCGUAUAUAUUCACAACAAAUGUUCAACGGUCAUGGCGUGUUACCGAAGCUCUCGAGUAUGGACUUGUUGGUGUUAAUGAAGGAGUAAUUUCGACAGAGGUUGCUCCAUUUGGAGGAGUGAAACAAUCUGGUCUUGGGCGGGAAGGUUCCAAGUAUGGGAUGGACGAAUAUCUGGAGAUGAAAUAUGUGUGCUUGGGAGAUAUGAACAGGAAAUGAUUGCAUUGCACCCACCAUUCAUCAAAGGAAGGGAACAGUUGGAAUGUGGGUUGUGGAAGCAGCCAAUAUCAACUCGAAGGCAGCUUUGCAUUUUCAGGGUCAAGGUCCGGGAGAGUGAGAAACUGUAUGUUGUCUGAAGCUGAACCAGCCUUGUAAUUUAUCUUUUGAUAUUUUCUCUUUCUGGGUUGUCUUCCAAUGGAUGUGUGGGAGACAUUGUAAGAUACAAUGAACACAAGUUUUGUUGGAGCCUGGAGGCCUUGGCCUCUGUGAAAUAAGUAGGACUAGGCAAACCUCUAUCUUCUUCUAGUCUUGACACUGUAAUAACCUGCUGCCUGGUGGCAUUAGCAUGCCUCUUUUCCGAGUGAGGGAAAAACCCGGUACUCAAAAGUCAAGACUUUGUGUUGGUUGGGUCACUUGGUCUCUUACUUGCUACUGCCGAGGUUUAUUGAAUGGGCUUGGGCUGCGGCUCGUUAAAUUGGGCUACGAUAUAUGCGCUUGCCUCCUCCGUUGGAGUGGGCCUGUAAUCACAUAUUUGAAUGGACCAACUGGUUUUUAUUUCAAGGCAGCUGAGCAAUUUUAUCCAACACCUAACUCAUCUCUUACACAAAACAAAACAUGUAAUGUAAU